AUGACAAGCAACGGUCACGCCAACGGCGCUCCGUACUCGCCCGUGCUAGAGACGAGCAGGAUUUUCUCCAAGCUUUGCGAACAGUCGGAGCGCCUCAAUCUGCCACCGCAGGUGCAGGCCAACAAAGACCAGGUUUCAUUUUCAUCCAGUCAUAAUGAAAUCUAUUUUCCGAUCCCCUUCAAAGAGAGCGAGACGCUGGCGGCAUUGAAGGGUAUUGAGGGCUCCGUGGCCGCCGCGCUUGCAGAUCUGCGGUUCGGACAGCCUGCGCAGCCGCGCAGUGUUCAAGUUAGUCUGGAAGGCGCAACGGCAUUCGGAUGUCAGGCAUACAUGGCGAAAAUCGACGGAUUGUCCAAGCUAGAUCCGAAUGUCAAGUCUAAGCUGAAGAAUACCGAUCUUCUGGCUGCUCAGUCGAACGGUUACCGUCGCAUGUCCGCUAAUCUGUAUAAAACCAAGACUCCGGGCGAGUUCUACCAUAUCCACGGCUCUCUGGAGGCCACUACAACACUCAACAUGAUCGGUCUCGAGGGCCAGCGCCCAGAUUUGACGGAUUAUGAAGAGAUCAUCAAGGUCAUUGAAGCGAAGGUGCAGAAGUACACUGUUCCUGAGCUCGAGGUGAUGAACAAGGAGAGGCGGCAGGCUGGUGUUCCAGCGCUCAAAUAUGAGGAUUUUAUCAAAACUCCCCACGGGAAACUGAAUGUCCACGAGCCGGCUUGGAAGGUGGACAAGCUGCCAGGGGAUCUCCCUCCAACUCCACUCCCUGCCAGCAAGGCUGGCAGCAAGAGGAUUCUAGAGGGCGUGAAAGUACUCGAACUGUGUCGUAUCAUUGCAGGCCCGACGGUGACCCGCAUUCUGGCCGAGUAUGGCGCCGACGUGCUGAAGAUCACCAGCCCCAACCUGUCCGACGUUCCCUUUUUCCAGGUCGAUGGCAACAUGGGUAAGCACGCCGCCGACCUCGAUCUCAAGACUGAGGCUGGACGCCAGGAGUUUGAGAAGCUCGUGGUUGACGCUGAUAUCAUCGUGGACGGAUAUCGCCCCGGAGCUCUGGAGAAGCUCGGCUACGGCCCACAGGCUAUGGCUGCGCUGGCCGAGAAGCGCGGCAAGGGUAUUGUCUACGUGAACGAGAACUGCUUCGGCUACGAAGGCGAGUGGGCCGGACGAGCUGGGUGGCAACAGAUUGCCGACUGCGUCACCGGCGUCGCCUGGGCUCAGGGUCAAUUCAUGGGCCUCGACACCCCCAUCGUUCCCCCCUUCCCCAUAUCUGACUAUGGCACAGGCUGUAUGGGCGCCAUCGCCGCCCUCUCCGGCCUCUAUCACCGCACCAAAACUGGCGGCUCCUACCACGGCAAGGCCUCUUUGAUGCAUUACGACCUCCUUCUCUUCGCCGUUGGCCAGUAUCCUGCCGAGGUGCAGGAGAAGCUGCGCGCCGCCCAGCCUGCCGACUUCUUCAAGCUGCGCCACUGUGAUAGCGUAGACCGCAUCUCGUCGACUGUGCUCAAGGGUAUGCAGACUCGCUUCCCACACUUGUAUACGCCCGCUGGUGCUAGUUCGGAGGAGGACCGCCAGGCGUUGACGGAAAGUUGGUUCUCCAAGGCGUAUAACACUGAUAUCGAGGUCGUGCGCCCCGUUGCUAUUGUCCAGGGUGUAGAUAACCGGUUUGUGCGGGCUAGCCGGCCCAAUGGGACGGAUCGGGCGAGUUGGGAGGAUUUUAAGGAAGAUGGGGAAGGAGAUGUUAAGAAGUGUUAA